GUGCCACCCACUGAAGCCGUUCCUCAGGUGAAGAAGGAGAAGCACAGCACGCAGGCCAAGAACAGGGCCAAGAGGAAACCUCCCAAAGGGAUGUUCCUGUCCCAAGAGGACGUGGAGGCCGUUUCUGCCAACGCCACAGCUGCUACCACUGUACUCAGACAACUGGACAUGGAGUUGGUCUCCAUCAAACGCCAGAUUCAGAACAUCAAGCAGACAAACAGCGCACUCAAAGAAAAACUUGAAGGCGGUAUAGAACAAUACCGACUUCCAGAGGUUGUUCAGAAAUUCAAUGCACGUUGGACCACAGAUGAGCAGCUUCUUGCUGUGCAAGCAAUCAGGAAAUACGGCCGAGACUUUCAAGCAAUCUCUGAUGUGAUUGGAAACAAAUCUGUGGUGCAAGUGAAAAACUUUUUUGUAAAUUAUCGGCGUCGCUUCAACAUAGAUGAAGUUCUACAGGAGUGGGAGGCAGAGCAUGGCAAAGAGGAGACAAACGGAACCAAUAGCCAGAAGCCUGUAAAAUCCCCUGAUAAUUCCACUAAAAUGUCCGAAGAGGAAGAUGAGGCUACUUCUGUUCUUGAUGUCAGAUACGCAUCUGCUUCGUGAGAAGGUGCUGUAGCCUAGAACAAUUUGUGUUGACUACUGUGUUAUCCAGGAUAUCAGGUAUUAGCAAACCUCAGACAGCCAUCUGCAUCAUAUCUGUGGACAAGCAGCUAUUACCAAAAAGAAAAAAGGCAAACGCUUCCAGUCCUGUGCUACAUCUGCCUUAAUCUCCCCUCAUUCCUCCAUCCUGCCUCCACUUUUCUUUCCAAAAAAAACCACAAAACAAAACAAAAAAGCACCCAGGUAGCUCAGCUCUCCAUUUCACCAACGUCCUGCUUAAGCACGGGGAUUUCUAGAACCGGUAACGCCCAUCUGUAAAUUUUGACCA